AUGGCUUAUCAGAUUGUGUUACCUUCGAUAUUGUCCAAUAUUCACGAUGUAUUUCACGUGUCGCAAAUAAGGAAACACACUUUGGAUCCCUCACACGUGGUAGAACCAGACACAAUUCAACUAAAGGAUAACUUGUCAUUCGAAGUACUACCAGUAAGAAUAGAGGACAUGAAGACUGAGUGGUUAAGGAACAAAGAAGUUUCGUUGGUCAAAGUGAUUUGGAACUCAACUAAUGGAGAUGCGACUUGGGAACUGGAGAGUAAGAUGAUGGAACAACACCCUAAUUUGUUUAUCGACACGUAG